UGCUUGUAUGUGCCCCAGCAAUUUGGAUCACUCACUGUGCCCCAGUAUUCUGGGUUACUCUCCUUGCCCCAGACCUCUGCCUGUCAUGUCCGGGCUGCACAUGUGGGACCCACGGUUUCUGUUCAUGUGGCAGCUGUUGUGGCUGCAGGUCCAGGCAGCUCCGAUUCCGGAGUUGGCUAUGGACUCUAUCCUGUUGACCUCCAUCCCCCUGGGGCCCUCCAAGCCCUGGUCUUUGGAUCAGCAAAAUCCUGGAAGUAUUGAACUUCCUUCGCUCAACCAUCAUGCCUCAGCUGUACUUGCAGAGGCACCUUCUCCGGACCCUCAGGAAGCUUUAGCUCAGCUUCCACCACAACAAGAAGCCUCAACUCAGUCUACAGUGUCUUCUGAGCCAAUGAAAUUUUUGUUUGACCACCACUCUUCAAAGAGCUCAGGUCUACCUCCCGUGCCUCUUGCCAAUAUACAAACUUCGCGAAUCCAUCAGAAGGGUCGACAUCAACCUCCAAAGUCUUCUAUGGAUGUUGAAGUUCAGCCUUCACAUCACAAGGCAACAGAGUCACUUCCACUUUGGGGUGAAGUUCAACAUCGACUCUUGCCUAUUGAUGUUAAAGAUGUGGACUUGGGGGUUUUGAUAACUUCCCAGCCCCCUAAGAAGAUUGCACCAUCUGCUACUAGCAAAGUCUCAGCUCAUCAUGCUACAUCCCCGCAGGAGUCCUCCGCUCUGUCUAUUUCGGAGGCUGGUGCUACUGCCCUGAAGCAGACUGCAGCUCCUCCAAAGCACCCUGAGGUGACCGUUCCACUUCAAGAGCCUGUUCAGGCUCAGUGGCCAACCUUUCCGCCUGUGGACCUGGGACUCACCAUCACUCCUGAACCGACUUUGGGGAAUGCUGCUACAGCCCUGAAGCAGACGGCAUCUCCUCCAUUAAACCCUGGGAUGACAUUUCCACUUCCAGAACCCACUGAGGCUCAGCGGCCAACCUUUCCACCGUCGGAACUGGAAGUUCCCAUCAUUCCAGAAUCUAUUUUGGAGACUGGUGCUACAGCCCUGCAGCCAACUGCAGCUUCUCCACCAAAACCUGAGGUGGCAUUUCCACUUCAAGAGCCUGUUCUGGCUCAGUGGCCAACCUUUCCACCUGUGGACCUGGGACUCACCAUCACUCCUGAACCGACUUUGGGGAAUGCUGCUACAGCCCUGCAGCCGACUGCAGCUCCUCCACUAAAGCCUGAGGUGGCAUUUCCACUUCCAGAGCCCGCUGAGGCUCAGCGGCCAACCUUUCCACCAUUAGAACUGCAAGUCCCCAUCAUUCCAGAACCUACUUUGGAGACUGGUGCUACAGCCCUGCAGCCAACUGCAGCUCCUCCACUAAAGCCUGAAGUGGGAUUUCCACUUCAAGAGCCUGUUCUGGCUCAGUGGCCAACCUUUCCACCUGUGGACCUGGGACUCACCAUCACUCCUGAACCGACUUUGGGGAAUGCUGCUACAGCCCUGCAGCCGACUGCAGCUCCUCCACUAAAGCCUGAGGUGGCAUUUCCACUUCCAGAGCCCGCUGAGGCUCAGCGGCCAACCAUUCCACCAUUGGAACUGGAAGUCCCAAUCAUUCCAGAACCUACUUUGGAGACUGGUGUUAUAGCACUGCAGCCAAAUGCAGCUCCUGAAAAUCCCCCUGAGGUGACACUUCCACAUCCAGAGACUGUUCAGGCUCAUCAGCCAACCUUUCCACCUUUGGAUCUGGAGCUCACCAUCACUCCAGCGUCUACUUUGGAGGCUGAUGCUACAGCCCUGCAGCAGAAUGCAGCUCCUGCAAAGCACCCUGAGGUGACACUUCCACCACCAGAGCCUGUUCAGGCUCAACAACCAACAUUCACACCAUUUGACCUGGAGCUCACCAUCACUCCAGAACCAACUUUGGAGGCUGAUGCUACAGCCCUGCAGCAGACUAUUGCUCCUCUAAAGCACCCUGAGGUGACACUUCAACAUCCAGAACUUGUUCAGGUUCAGCAGCCAUCUUUUUCUGAAGUCACAGCCACAGUCCUAUCGUUUGACCUGGAAGUUACAAUUACUCAGCAACCAGAGUCAUCAGAGACAGUUCCUCCAAUGACUGAGCAGAAUGCCACCAUGAACAUAUGUGAGCUCUGUUCCUGCAAUAAUGGGACACUGUCGUGUAUUGGUUUUGGCUCAAACCAGAGGCUCCACAGAGUGCCAGUUCCAGAGCCCAGCACCUACAAUGGCAACUUCACCAUCUUAAACUUGCAGGGAAACGCUAUUUCAUACAUUGGUAAGGAAACAUGGAAGUCAUACCAUUUGGUUGAGAAACUAAAUCUCAGUGGAAAUAAUUUGAGAGAAUUACGUAAAGAUUCAUUUGAAGGCCUGCUUUCCCUCAAGUAUUUGGACUUGUCCUGCAAUAAAAUAGAACUUAUUGAAAUGAAUACAUUUGAAUCAUUACCUCUUUUACAAUAUAUAAAUCUUGGUUGUAAUUUAAUCACAAAAGUGAACUUUGGAACAUUUGAGACCUGGCAUGGGAUGCAGCUAUUACACAAGUUAAUUCUCCACCAUAAUCCCCUGAUGACUAUUCAAGAUCCAUAUCUUUUUAAUUUGCCAGCAUUAAAAUAUUUAGACUUGGGAACAACACAAGUGACACUUACAACACUUGAUAACAUUCUCAUGACGACUCCUGAAUUAGAAAAACUUAUCUUACCUAACCAUUUGGCCUGCUGCCUCUGCCAAUUUAAAAAUAAUAUUGAGGCUGUCGCCAAGACAGUAAAACUGCAUUGUGAUACGGAAUGUCUGGCCAACACACCUUGUGAUGAAGAACUCCUAAUACAAGGAACGCUCAUGAAAAUAUUAGAAGGCCGGCAGAACACCAGCAAUGAGCUGACAAUUGAGCCAGAGAGGGCACCCUCAAACAAAAAUAGUGACACUUCCUCAUCCCUUAUGAGCCUUCUGAUGAGACUGCUCACUGAGGAGCAGGAAGUAAAGAUGCCCAACGCAGAGUGGGAUGCGGAACAAUGGAAAAAUGAGAGGAUGCAAGCCCCUGGGGAGCUGGCAGAGAAGGAGUCACACGAGCUCAGAAAAGAAGUGCCAGGAUAUAAGAACAAAGUCAUCAUGGCAGCACCUGUGAUUGCAGUAACAACAUUUUUUAUUGUAAUUUUCUGCCUCAUUGCGAUCUGUCAGAAGAAGGUACAUAAAAGCGGAAGCUCCAGUGGCUUUUUCUCACAAUUUCGUAACAAGAAAUCUUCAUCUGACCAGGACAUUGAGGAGGGUGGCUUCUGGAGAAGGCGGCCGCUUUGGCUAAAGGAUAUGUAUGGUGGCAAGAAACACGAGAAGGGGGAGCCUGCUACUGAGGAGGAACUUUUCCUAAAAAUGGAGCAGAGUAAAUCCUCCCCUUCCUCAACGAGGAUUGAUGCCUCAGACUCGGCUGCUGAGACAGGAGGGGAAAGUACAUCGUGAAAUCUCCUGAGUGAACCCCAUCCUCAGGUUUAUUAAUAAAGCACCAGUGGCUUGGAGCGUGAAA